CGGAUACUCUUAAAUGGAAAUUUAAACAUUUGCGCGUGCGCAUUAAACUUAGCAACUAUUUACUUUGUAUUAUUUAGAAUAAAAGGAUUAACUUUAACACCUAUACUUUCAACAAUUGUUUUGUUACAAUUUUGCAAUAAAAAUUGAAACUUAAAGUGGAAAUACGGUAUCAAACAUGGUUCUAAAAUUUAAAUUGGAGUAGAUUGAAUAUAUAGCAAAGAUGAGCCAGAUUGACUUUUUGGACUUUUCGUCGCCCAGUCCGACCGGAAGUUCGUCAUCUGUCGGAAUGGUACCAUUCGGAUUCCAUUCAAAGACGAAUUAUGAUGCUAACGAAUCUUUAAUUCAAAUUCGUAGUGACAAUUUCGCUAAAAAUAUCCCCGUCAAGGAGGAAAAUAUUUGGAAACGCCCUCCACCUGAUUUUAGACCCCAAGUUUUCGCCCCCAAACCUCCCAAACGGAAUACACAAGACUCUCAAAUGCCCUGGUUAUACGGUACUAUACCGGGACAAAGGGAGAUAAUUAAACGAGAACGACCAAAAGUGAUUCCACAUUUGUUACAAUCAAAAACUAAAGAGGACAAAGGUUUAGUGACUUAUUUUCACAUUGAUAGACCAUUUACAGCAAAGAAGAAAUUUGUACGCGAAGGAAUGAACGAACCAGGGGAAUAUAAUAAUCCAUCUCCACACGACUUCAGAGGGUACCCUCCCUUGAAAACUCUUGGACUUCCGGAGUUUAUGCAGAAAACCGACAAAGAUCCAUUCAACCUUAAGUUCCACACGGACAGACUCAAUAUAAUGUACGAGUACCUCCUAGAUCAAGUACAUGGAGAACGUAUGGACAAAGCUACGGAUCGAAACAUUCGUGGAUUACAAAUGGCCCCACCCCUCUCCCCACCGCCUUUGCAUGAGUGCCAUUUGUUGUUCGAUAAAGGGCCUUGGCCCGUUAAGAAUGAACAAUAUACGCGAUUUCGUGUUCGACACCGACCGGCUCAUAGCGCGUUUAUGGAACGCGCAUCUCGUCUGCUGGAGUCAAAAUGGGCGCGGGAAAAAUAUGAAAAGGCGCUAGCUCAACAUUUAUCGCAAAGUAAAACUUCCCAAGAACUUCCGGUGAACAGUUGAUGUGAAUGAAAUCUUCAUUACUGGGUUUUAGAAAUACUCGAUGGAUUAAAGGGUUAUAUAGGAAUAAAAGGGUUAUAGGUUUAAUAGAGUUAUACUGUUUUAUAGGGUAAAUGAUUGUCAAUCAAAUGCAAAACUUUGUUCUUCUUGACAACAGUGCAAUCGUUUACUAUUUUAUAGAAAAUAUAGGAUGUCAUAGUCAUGAUUU